AUGGGUGCCGACAUAUUUGCCGAUCCGAGUCUUGAUGCGAACUAUUGGGCGCGGUUUUUGAUGCAGAUUUUAAUUAUUUUGAUCUUUGUUCGAAUUAUGGGAUGGAUAUUAUCAUUAAUCAAACAACCCUCCGUAAUUGGUGAAAUAAUUGCCGGUGUCCUUGUUGGUCCAUCUGUAUUAGGUAAUUGGGAUUUUUGGGCAAAUAAAAUUUUUCCCCAGUCAUCUUGGAAUUAUUUCACGCUUGUCGGUGAUAUUGGCCUAAUAUUAUUCAUGUUUAAUUUGGGUUUGGAAUUAGAACAAAAAACUCUUAAACGUCAAUGGAAAUAUUCAUUACCUAUUGGACUAUUAUCCAUUUUGGUACCAUAUGGUGCGGGUGCUGCGUUAAGUAUUUAUCUCUAUGAUAUUAAUGGACGCGACGGAUUCGCAGAUCCUGAUAAAACAGCAUUUGUCUUGUUUGCUGCGUCAGCCAUGUCAUUUACAGCGUUUCCUGUAUUAGCAUCCAUUCUAACAGCAACAAAUUUGUUAAGUACACCUAUUGGAGCAUUAACAAUCAGUUGUGCGGCACUAAAUGAUCUUCUUGGAUGGUGUUCAUUAGCUGUCGCUGGUGCAUUUGCAAAAGGAUCAGGAAUCACUGGAUUAUGGGUAAUUCUGAUUUCAAUAGCUUAUGUAUUAUUCAUGUUUCUUGUGGUACGUACCAUUAUAUAUAAAAUUCACACUUAUCUAGUUGAAAAAGGUGACGAAAUGAAUAGAAUAUUUCUUAUUGGCAUCUUUCUCGUUCUCAUCGCAUCGUCAAUGUUUUGUGAUUUACUUGGUAUUCAUUCGUUUUUUGGUGCAUUUAUCGCUGGUAUUAUUUGUCCAAAAACAGGUAAAUUCAGGACUGAACUAUUUCCGAAACUCGAACUUGUUACAGUCGAAUUAUUAUUACCGCUGUUUUUUGCCUCAUCUGGAAUGCGUACAAACCUUGGCAGUCUCAAUGAUAAGUUUUAUGGUGGCAUUACUGUGGUUAUCUUUGCCAUUGCAGUCUUGGGGAAAUUCGUACCAGCAUGUUUAGCAACAAAAAUUAUUACGAAACGAGGUUGGAAAUUUUCCUCAGCUGUAGGAGUGUUAAUGAAUACUCGAGGCUUGGUGGAACUGAUUGCAUUGAAUAUUGGGCUACAAUUAAAUAUAUUAUCACCUCGAGUAUUCACCAUGUUUAUUAUAAUGGCGCUUAUUACCACGUUCAUGACCUGUCCCGUAUUAUGGUUAAUUUAUCUAAGAACAUAUAAUCCGGAAGAAGAACUUUUAAAACAAGAUGAAAUAUCACCUCAAAAUUAUGAUGAAGAAAACGUUCAGGGACUUGAAACACCAGAAAAAGUACAACAAAAUCAAGAUGAUAUUCUUAGAUAUUAA